AUGCCUUAUAAACAAGCCAGGUUCGGCCGGUCAGCACCAAAGCUGGAUUUGAUUUGGUUUAAGGGGAUAAUGGUUGAGAAAUUUCCAGAGGCAGCAAAAUCCCACCAGUCGACUCCGCUUAGAGCCAUAGAUAGCUGUCUGCAAAUCCGUGAUGCCCAAGCCAAUCAGCGAGACAGUCACUUGGCAGGCGGACUGGCCAAUGGUGAGGGAGAAGGGCCGGCAGCUGGUGGCUUCGAGUGGCCAAUUUUUGUGGUUGCGUUACGGUUUCUCUUAUCUCCAUGCUGGCGUCUUGAUAUGAUGGAGAUAUGCACCACGCUUGCGUUCUUCCUGGAGAAGGCGGUGAUGCCUGGCGCGAAAAAGACCGUAGACGAACGGGCAGAGCACGGCAAAGCCGAGCGUGGAGGGCCUGAGCAAGACCGCCGGCUCGCCCGCCUGGAGCUUCCCAAGUUCGUCCACAACAGAGGGGCAAAGGAACGCUGCCAAGCCACCUCAACAAAAAGUCUCCCACCAAGCGAUUAG